GCGAGUGCAGAAUAACAAUCCCAAUAAAAUUUAUAACCCUGAUAACCCAGGAUACAAUAUCCAUGUGGUUGAUCCACCUGUUAUUGGAGCUGAUCUUAGAUCCCACAAGGGUUUACAUCUUAGUAAAACAAGGGUGCAGAACUCACAGUCCGGUUUGAAGAAAGUAGGUCGUGAUCGCCCACGCGAUCCCCGAUCCUCCCAACUGAUCCCCUCAUCCUCCACGUCGUCCAGGAGGCCGACAGUGGCGCAUUACCUUCUUCAUCUACAAGAUCAUCGGAUUGGAGUGCCGAGUCGCGAUUAACGAACGUCGUGUGACGUUGAUCUAAUCUGAGGAACAUUUCCUCCUGAGAAUUUUCCUUUUCUACUUGCUACCACUCUAGCACACGUUCUCUUCGGAUAUUCUUUUUGGAGAUAGAACAGAGGAACCAUGCCCGGUGCAGGGGGGCAACAGCCACCCCAGAGAACGACCUUUAGACCACCCUGGGUCAAGGAUGGUCCCAACCCUCUGCCCAUGCCUUCGGCGCCCUGGACACUCAAUUCCAGAAGAGAUCCCAAGCCGAAAACCGAUGAACCGCCGGCAUUUACACAAGUCACUCUCAAGAGUGUGCCAAAGCCGGUGGAGGCGGCGCCUGCGGAGGCGCCAGUUCGCAAGCAAAGUAAAAUAACAAUAAUACCCUCGCAACCGAACAGCGAGAGAUCCUCCGAGCCGAAGAGUAAUACACAGCCAACGAGUUUGUCGAGGACCCGUGAAAAUGGACGCCACGAAUCCUCUAGGCCACAGCUGGAGCGACAAGUUCGGGUGGAGAAGUCUAGAUCAAGGAGCGACGUCGUGCCCUUGUCAAAAAGUGAAAGCACUACGGGUGCACCAACUCUUUCGAAAAGUUCCUCCAGAGCGGCUAUUCCUCCUCCACCACCACCAAGGCCACCACCUCCACCUCCUUCAAGGAACAUCAUAAAGGAUUUACCUCCUCUUAGUGAAAAACAGCAGAUGACAUUGGAGAUGCUGAAGUCCAGACCCAGGAAGCGUCCUGAUUGGGCUAGUAUGAUGAAGGAGGUCGAAGGGGGAAGAAAGCUGAAGCAUGUCAGAUGUAAUGAUAGAAGUGCACCCUUAAUUGAGAGGGUCAAUAAAGUCACAGCUGAUCCAGCAGGGGAUGCUCACUUUGUAUUUGAGUCCGAAAAAUCGAAUACGUACAAUAAAUUACUCCAGCAAAUUCAGGAAGGCGUUAAGCUUAAGAGCGUCAAGACAAAUGAUCGAUCCAAACCGAUGCUUCAGGGUCUCAGGAAGUUCCGCAGGCAACUCACGAUAGAGGAACAAAUACAAAAAGCAGAAGAGGCGCCCGUCGAAGAAACUGUACCUGACGAGAUGGAUGACAUUGAUGCCGUCCGAGACGACCUUCAGAGUACUAAGCAAAUGCUCGCUUUGGAACUUAGGAACAAGGAAGCUCUUGAGAGAGAAAAUAAGAGGCUACAGGCGAGACUUCUCAAUCUGGAAGUUGAACUCGAGCGCGAAAAAGCUCAAAAGAGUGUACAGGAGUACAAAAAACAGGACGAAAAAUUGGCCGAGUCCUUGAGAAACGAGGCUAAACAGGCUAGACAGGAUGCAGAGAGACUUGAGAAGAAUUACGCUACGGCUGCCGAGGAACGCGACAAGGCUAAGAACGAACUGGAAGAGAUGAAGCGCAUGUAUGCUGCUUUAGAAAGGCGCAUGAAAGCUGAGUUAGGGGUAGAGUCAGAAGUAGAACCCAUAAUAGAGUUAGCAGUAGAUAGCGUAGACGUGGCGUGGUACGAUGUUUCAGGAAUGGCUCUCGCUGGAUGUCCAAGCGCAAAGGACGUAGCCAGGGUGGCAUCUCAAAAGAGCGUCGAUAAACCUGAAUACGAGAGCGAAGAAGAAGAAGAAGAGGAAAGCUCUGAAGAAGAGGAAGAAGACGAUCCCAAUAUGGCUGCUGAGAAGCGGUUACAGAGAGAAUUGAAGUUACUCAACACGAAAAUCAAGAGUUUCAAGGACAAGGCCAUCAAUGCCAGAAAGGAGAGACACGCCCUGAAAGACCAAAUAAAACAACAGCAGAAAAUGCUUCGGGAUGAAAAAAAGAAAUUCAAGCACUUACAAAAAGAAGUUGACAAGAUGGCUAAACUGAUGGGAGAUGCUGAGGAUGAGGAAGAAGAAGAGGAGGAAGAGGAGGAGGAAGAAGAGACUGAAUCAGAAGAUGAAUCAGAAUCAGAGGAAUCUGAAGAUGAAGAAGAAUCUGAAACUGACGACGAGGAUGAUUCCGCAGAAAAGCGCAAGAAUGAUUUACAGAUACGAGUAAAGAGGCACGAGGGUAGACUUGCAGCGUUGAAAAAGGGUAAUUAUUUAUUGAAAGCACAGGUGGAUCGCCUCAAAGAUGACUUAGCAAAGCAACGAGAAGAGAGUAUUACCCUACAGGAGGAUUUGGAUUCCGUACUGGCAGAGUUAGGAUAAUAAGAUAGAUCUUGGAUUAUCAUAAUUGCACUUAUAAAUACAACAAUGUACACAUACACACACA